GAGAAUUGGGGGAUCACGACGGGGAUCCGAACAGGAAGAGAAUAUUAGGAAAAUAGGUAGAAUUUCCAUAUCCGGAAACCCUUGAUUACUUUUGCUUGAAUGUUGUUCGCCUACAUUGUUGACUUAGGUUCGAGAAUCCAAUGUGAUGCCCUAACCUUAAUUCUCCGAUUGAAGGAUCCUUCUGCCUCGAAUUCGAAGAAGAAUUCAACUUUGGGACCAAAUCUUUGGACCCUUUACGUUGAUUUCUUCAAAACCAAAAGGAAUCCUGGAGGCCGGUCUGUUCAGAAAUUCCAAACCCUGGUUUCUUUGAAUAUCCCCCCCUUUUUCUCCCCCUGUUGAAGAUUUCUUGCAAUCUGGAACGUGAUCAGUGAGAGAUGGCAGAAGGGGGAGAAGAUGAUAUGCCAAGGGAUGCAAAGAUCGUAAAGGAAUUAUUAAAAUCAAUGAAUGUCGAUGAUUAUGAACCACGAGUCAUUCACCAGUUUUUAGAACUUUGGUACCGGUACGUUGUCGAUGUGCUGACUGAUGCACAGGUCUACUCAGAACAUGCUGCAAAAUCUUCAAUUGAUUCUGACGAUGUGAAGCUUGCAAUACAGUCUAAAGUCAAUUUUAGUUUCUCACAGCCUCCACCCCGAGAGGUGCUGCUGGAGUUGGCUAGGAGCAGAAAUAAGGUUCCAUUGCCGAAAUCAAUAGCAGGGCCUGGAAUCCCUCUGCCACCGGAGCCGGAUACCCUGAUUAGCCCAAAUUAUCAAUUAGCUAUUCCCAAGAGGCAGAAUAACCAACCUGCUGAAGAAACAGAAGAGGAUGAAGAAGCUGCUGAUCCCGUUACCAGUUCUAAUCCAAAUUCUCAAGACCGUAGAGAUUUGCCCCAAGGAACACCCCAGCGAGUUUCUUUUCCCCUUGGAGCUAAACAUCCACGAUGACUAUUUUGUAAUCAUGUCAAUUAGAUCAGAAUAAUAUAUUGCGAUGAUGAUGAAUGAAAUCAUGUCUCAGUAACAUUGAGAUUCAUGUAUGAUAACAUCAUCUUAAUUGCAAUUAGAUUGGCAUUUCAUUUCAUUGCAGAACCAUGAAAAUCAGUUUAUGUACAAGAAUGACUGGUUCCUUUUUCUUCUUUUCAA